AGCUGAUGCAAAACUUGCCAAGACGAUUUGAGCCACUUCAUGUAAGUGGCAUUUCUGUUAAACUGAUUCACAUUAUGGCAAAGGGGGCAGGGGGUUAAAGAGGGUUAUUUUGGUGCGGUACACGGUACAACCGGGAGGGGGUUGGCAGUCGUAUGUGUAUAAAUGCACCAAGCACUAUGUGAAGGACCAGAGAAAGACUGCAGACUUCACCACAUCCUCCCAAAAAAAAAACAAAAAAACAAAAGAAUAAUCCACCGGCACUUCAGCUGAUUUAAAAAAAAAUUAUUCACGAAUAAUUUUUUUCAACCAUAGACUCAUCGUAUCAAUUCACUGAUUGAUUGAUAACAUCAUUUUUUUUUCUCUCUUUCUGAUAAUGGAAAUUUGGAGACUGCUGGCUGUAAUCAUCACCGUGGGUGUCCUUGCAUGCAGUGCUCAAGGAAUGUCCCUUACUCUUGACAAGGAACACUGGAUUUCCAAAAACUGGGAGGACAAACCUUUGGUGGACACUUUAGUGAGUGAAGUGGCAAGUCUAAUCAAGAGAUCCAAAGCACACCAGUUCUACGGUCUAAUGGGAAAACGUGCCGAUAUUCCUCAGCGUACGAAAUUGGGUCAGAAAAGAAAUAAAGGAGAGAAGUUUGUUGGACUCAUGGGUAGAUCAUUAAGAGAUACAUUCACAAGAAUAAUCCCAGCCGAGACCAGUACUGCUAUGCAAUCAGACAAGCAAUCAGAUUUGCAGGAGGGAUGGAACAAUCCUCAAUAUUACUGACAGUCACGAUACUGUGAGAGCAUUUUCAUAUUUAGAAGAAAGCAUAAGCAUCCUUUAACAUGUAAAUUAAGCCUGAAGUGAAAUAAACUGUUAUUACUU